AAUGUAAGAGAACAUCAUAAAAAAGGAGAAGAUAAGAUAAUAUUAGAAAGUUCAUCAACUAUAAAAGGAGUAACUUCAACAUUUAGUCUUUUAAAAGUCCUAUUCCAUAAAAUCUGUAAGCUAUUAUUAUUAUGUAGGCUUCUACACUCUUAGAAAUUAAUUAUGCUACUGCAAAAUCUAUAAUAUCGAAAAUACGAAAAUCAAAAAUAAGAAAAUAUUUUCUAAUCAACAAAAAAUUAAGGCAGUGCCAAUUUAAAAAAAUAGAAUUCUCUACUUCAUAAUUAGAAAUCAAAUCUAUAGUCUCAGGUUUAUUGAUUAGUGAGUGUAUUUAUUAUUUGAAAUGA